AUAGGUCAAGAAUACAUUAACUAAUAGGCAAUAAGCCAUGCCAACAUCCCAUGUAAGAAUCAGAUUCCAAUAUCAUAAGAGAUAAAAAAGAAUCUCAAUAUAUUAACUAGUUUUCUUCACAAAUUAGGGUUUAUUUCCAGUUAUGUGCACAAUUUGAGUAUGGUGAUCUACAAUUUUUUUUUUUGGUAUUUUCAUGUUUGUUUUAUUGUCUAGGUUUGAAGUUUGUGGCUUACAUUAUUUUUUAUAUAAAAAAAAAACGAAAUGCAUGAUGCAUCGUAUUAUAAUAUUUGGUAUUUUUAAUUACUUUUGUUAUACUAACAAGUUUGAUCAUGAUUCCUUUUUCAUUCUAAACAAAUUCCCAUAAUUUUUUUGCCUUUUUAACAUGCAACUUUUUUUUCUUUGUAAUUCAAACCCCUCAUUCUUUGGAAUCUUGAGAGAACUCCUGCUGCAGUCUGCAGGCUUCAUGACAGAAAGGAUUUGUUGCAUGGUGAUGAGGAUCAACAUUGACUGCAAUGGGUGUUACAGAAAAGUAAGAAGAGCCCUCCUUGAUAUGAAAGAGUUGGAAACGCAUUUGAUAGAGAAGAAGCAGUGCAGGGUAAGCGUCUGUGGGAGAUUUGUCCCGCGGGAUGUGGCCAUCAAAAUAAGGAAGAAGACGAAUCGAAGAGUGGAGAUAUUGGAAAUACAAGAAUUUAGCAUCAACGAUGAACAAACUCACGAAGAGAAGCCGUUGAUGAUCACAUCUAAUACUUGGAACCUUGAAUCCAACCAAACCCAUAUUGAAACCUGUGUAGCAUGUAUAUGAUGACUAUAAAUAUUGCAUAUGAAUUAAUUCAGUUGAUUUGCUUGCAUAUGUCGAGUGAGGAAUAUACAUGUAAACUUCUGAUGCCUUAGUUAUGAAAAACUUGAUUAAGGGUUGUGAAA